AGUUUAAACAUAUCUCAUUUAAAUUUCUAGAUCUAUUGUAUACUAUAGUCUAGAUCUAGAUCUAUAAUAUAUUCAUUUAAAACAACAUUUAUAAGUACGUUGUGAGUUAAGUCACAAUUUCAAGACCCAGUUGAACUGAAGGUUGAUCCAGUCAAUCAGAUUAGCAAAUGUAACAAUAAAUAAAGGCAAGAAAUGAACACAAAUGCCAAUUCACCUCCCAUAGCAUCCUCUUACGUACCAGAGACAAUACCAGUGAAGCAAAGCACACCUUCAGCUUGUAAUACAAACACAAAUAACGCCACCACGAAAUUCCCGUUUCAAUCUAAAUAUUAUGAUAACCCAUUGUCAAAAAGCUCACCCAGCCCUAGUAAACAGUGGCACCCAUUUGAGGCCCCACAGUCUCCUAUACUAGGAAACCAAUCGGAUAUUUUUGAGGAUGAGAAUUGGUGUGCCAACCCAAUAGAGAGCUCGUCAAAGCAUCCAGAGCCGAGAUAUGAGGAAAAAGAUUUUCAGAUCCCAGAUGGACAUGUUAUGCUUAAAUACCAGACAUCAAUCCCAGGGGAUAUUCGACAGCAGUUGCUUGUACAGCGGACAUUUAAUGCUCUUGAUGAUCACCAGGAGCCUAAAACGUCCAGCCCAAUGCGUAAGGUGCGAGUUUGUAUGACAAACUCAAGCCUGUCCACUGUCACGGUUAGUCCUAGCAGUGGAACCAUGCAUCUACAAGGUCAUAACUUCGAUAGUGGGGAUACAUGCUUCACUCAGCACAAGCCACCGUACAUGUCAUCUCCGUUCAGGUCACCAUCUUCUCGAGCACCAUUUGGCACCCAUGAUAUACAGACUGUGUUUAAGACACCGAACCGCCACCAGAGAAAUGAGGACAUGUUCCUUGCCACACCUUCCCGUUCUGCUACACCACAGCGUCUUUCCCCUGCCAGCACAGCUUCCUACAGCUUUACACCUGGGCGACAGUUUGUCAACCCUUUUGAGAUUGACCAUGACAGACUGCACAUGCCCAUCUUCAGCCCAAACCUUUUCAAAGUGACCAGUUCUGCAAGCAAGGAACCUAAUCAAAGUGAGGCAUUUUGGUCUGUGGAACAUACAGCCGCUCUCAUGCCAGUGGAUAUAAAAGAAGCUGAAAUACGAAGGCAACAUCUGUAUCAACAAAAAUUGGAUAGAGACCACGAUGCCAAAAUCCAAACAGCAAUCAAUAAAUUUUUCUCUAAUGAGGUCAUUGUUCCUUCUCCGUGGUCUCAGAAAGAAAGUCAUGCCUUACCACGAACACCUGGUAGCACCAAAACAGUGUCUUGUCAAACUCUUAUGUCAGUCCCACCAAAAGUUGAUCUAAUAGCGGAGUUGGAAGGAAAGUAUCAGCUGCCAGCAUCCAGGACAGAUUCAUCCUCAUCUUCAGACCUUAUGGUCAACUCAUUUAUCAGAAGAAAAUUGUUGAAUCAGCUUAAUGACAAUGACAGCAGCCAGAGCUCACCUGUAGUACCUUCAAGGCAAGCUGAGGAUGUGUCCAAUUCACCCUCUCCGGCCAAACAGAUGACACCUGAAUGGGAGAAAGAAGCCAGCAGUAAUAUCAACUCUGGUCAUUUCUCUUCUAGCCCUAUUGAACAGUCACCUCACAGUAGGGGAAAUCACCUGGCUCUGUCUGAAACCGACCUUUUAGCAUCCCCUGAACUGUUUCCUGCUGGCAGCGGCACAAGUCAAGCCUUUAGAACUUCUGACAUGUUCUUCCCUCGCCAGGAUGUUGAUCAUGCUAGAACAGUCAUGCAGUUAGAUUUCUCUUCUAUACUAGAUGAUCCUGAUGACUCUGAAGAUGAUGCCAGGGAAACUGCUGGAACUAUGGUCCAGAAAGGUUUUUCAGAGACACACCUCAUGGCUGAAGCUAGUGGGUAUAACAACGAAGCCAUGUCCUUUGCUACAUCUCAGGACAGUGAUCCAAUCUCUAACAGAUCUGGCGGCUUUUCUAGAAAGUCUUUCCUAACAUCUGUGACAUCUACAGAAUCCACCAAUGACGUUGCCUCAGCUCCGCAGACAUCGUCCAGUCAAGAUACUGGUUAUCAGACGGCCAGCCUGCAGUCCACUCACCAUGAAUGUGGCUCCAACUCUAAUUUAGCUUGCCUGGACUCGCUGCCCAGUGCCCCAUUCCAUGGCCUUGAUAAAGGUGAGGUCUGCUCAGCCAACUCUUUCACGGCAGAAACUCCUCGAGAGCAUUUCCUAGGUUUCAAUCAGAAGACGAAUACUAGUCAAGAAAUUGAUGGAAGCUUUCUAAGCCACUGGUCAUCUCAGGAGAAGUCCUCCUCGGUGGAUGACAUAGUUUUGCUUAGAAAAAAUGAACCGUGUCGUAUCAGGAAGGUCAGAACUCUUGCGGAUAUUCGUCAGUCUAAGGUGAGCAGGGAUCUGACACGAUCCUUCAACGAGGAGGUGGAAAAAAAUAGAAAUUCCUUCUCCCCGACAGUUUUACAAGACAAAGUGAUAGAGAUGGCAGAUAAGAAAUGCAAACUUAAUGACACUAGCAGGUCAUCGUUAUUUGCAACAAAAGAGGACAGUUUAGACAUUAGCAUGCGCAGCAUGAGUCCAUAUUUUAAUUCUUCUUCAGAUAGGCCUGGCCCAAGCCUGGUAGAAACCAAUGCUUUAGGGUUUGAAGACAAGCAAUUCUUGGACCAUAGCACGCCAUGCAAGCAAAAGAUCAGGAAGUAUUCCAAACAACAUGAUGACACACUGCAAGCAGCUCGACUCCUUUUGGAGAGGUCUGUAGAAAUGCCAGAAAGGUUCACCAUUGAAGAAACCCUGCGCCCAGAUUACUUCAGCCUGUUUCAGGACAUUGAGAAUCAGGACCCACAGAUGAGUGGUAUAGCUAGAUCAGAGACAUCUUCAUUGACAUCUGAUCUCAGCAACACAUCCACACCAACCAGUCGAAUUUUCAACAGCAUAGAAAAGAAAAUUAACCAGGUGGAGGGAUCCAAACUUGGGAGUGAAAUAGCUGCUGAGAUAAUCAAGCGUGCUGAAAAUGACUUGGCCAAGCUGACAGAUUUAAUGGGAAAGUCCUCCCCUAGAACAUGACAAGACGACGGCUAAUUAUAUGACGAAAGAAGUGUCCAGUUUUUACUCAUUUGCUCAUAUUGUUUUUAACAUGUAGCCAUUAUGCAAGUAUUAUUCAAAUAAACUAUUUAUUUUUUACAAAGC